AUGAUCGGACGAACCAUGCUACGCUGGCCAGCGUCGACGCGCGUGCUAUCCACGGCGCUACCUCAUACGGCUCCAGUAUCAACACGAAUCCUGGCGAUCCGUACCUAUGCGACACCCGGCCGGCCCAAGAGUGUCGUUGGUGAGCCUUCCCGCCCAGUGAAGCGCGCCGUCAAACGCGCCGCCGCUAAGCCCGCCGAUGGCACGUCGGCGGCAGAGAAGAAGCUCGCUGCUAGUAAGCGCAAGGCGGCCGCGAAGAAAUCGCAGAUUGUCUUGACAGAGGAGCAAAAAGCGGAACAGAAGGAGCGAUUGGCAAAGGCACAGGCCGCCAUGAAGGAGCGCCAAACCAAACAGAAGGCAGAUGCAAAGAAGCGCGUCGAGAAGGAUAGGGCCGUGGUGCUCAAGAAGCUUGCGCUCGAUCCCCCAAGUCGUUACAAACCCAGCGCAUACACUUGCUUCACGUCCGAAAAGAUCAAGGCAUCGGGUUCUCUCACUGAUGAGGAUGGUCGAAAGCACGCCCUUGGGGAUCGCAUGAGGAGUGUCGCCGCCGAAUGGAAAGCCCUCGGCCCGGCAGAUAUCGAGCACUACAACCACAUCGCGCGUCUCAAGACUGAGGCAGCCAAUGCCGCGUACAAACGCUAUGUCGAGAGCUACACGCCUGAACAGAUUCGUCAAGCCAAUGCUGCACGAAAGCAGUUAAACAAGAAGAACCCGACGAAGGCUGGUAAGGGUCUCAAGUAUCGGGAGAUUCAAGAUGAGCGUAUCGUCACGAGACCUCGAAACUCAUUCAUUCUAUUCGCCCUCAGUCGCCUUCCCAGCGCCGACUUCAAAAAUAUCUUGGCAAAGGACCGCAUGCAGCUGAUUGGCAAAGAGUGGAACGCGUUGUCUGCUGAUGAGAAGGCGAAAUUCGAAGAGUUGGCCAAACAAGACAAGACUCGCUAUCUCGAGGAAUUCAAGAACACUUACGGCUACGAAUAUGGAACGGAAAUCAAGUCACCUGUUGCAGCAGCUGCUUGA